CACCAACAGUUCGUCGGGAAAUUGCAGGUCUGCCUUCUUGACGGCUCAUCCCCGGUAUGAAACUGGAGCACCAUCAAUGCCAGGAAUCUCUGCCGCCGUACCUGUUGUAAUUGAAUGGGGAUAUCAUUCACUUACUUUCAGAAGCUGAAGUAAUUGUUGUAUAUUCAGCUUCGGAAGAGGAUAGAGCCACAAUGCUUUGUUUUUUAGAGGACCAAGAGAUGAUACUGGAGGCAAGAGUAAAAAGAUACCCGGAAGUGCUUUUCCUAUCAUCAUGAGAGCCAGCCCAAUCACUGUCACAAUAGCCAACCAACUUAAUUUCUCGAACAAUGCUAUAUCAAAGACCAUUGUCUGUCGUUCCAGCCACAUACUGUAGAAUUCUCUUCACUGCUCCAAGAUGGUGCUUUGUAGGAUUCUGCAUAAACCUUGAAACAAUGCCCACCAAGAGUGCGAUGUCUGGUCUAGUGUGUGAGAGAUAGUUGAGUCCUCCCACCAUGCUUCUAUAAUAUCGUGCAUGUGCUACUCCACUGCCAUCAUUUUCUACCAGCUUCUCAUUCACAUUCAUCGGAGUACACGCAGAUUUGUACCUCGUCAAAUUAAACCUUUUCACAAGGUCCAUUGCAAACUUACGUUGAGAGAGGAAGAUACCAUCAGGUCCUUGCUUCACCUCUAAUCCAAGAAAAUAGUGCAACAAUCCCAAAUCAGACAUCUCAAAUUUCUUCAUCAUACAUGACUUAAAUUCAGAUAUAAUUGACUCACUACACCCCAUGUAUAUUAUAUCAUCAACAUAUAAGCAAACAACUAAGAACUCGUUCUCACCCUUCUUUUUCAAAUAAAUAUUUGACUCAUUAUCGCUCCUCUUAAAGCCAUUUUCAAGAAAAUAAGAGUCAAUUUUAUUAUACCAUGCACGCGGGACUUGCUUAAGGCCAUACAAAGCGUUGCACAACUUAUAGACUUUGUUUUCCUGUCCCGAAACAACAAAGCCUUCAGGUUGUUCAACAAACACUUCCUCAUUCAAUUCUCCAUUCAAAAACGCUGAUUUCACAUCAAACUGAAAAACAGUCCAGCCAAGUUGAGCAGCUAAAGCUAAAAAAGUUCUCACCGUUUCAAAGCGAGCCACGGGCGAGAAAGUCUCAUCAUAGUCCACACCGUGCUCUUGUGCAUAACCUUUAGCCACCAACCGAGCUUUAAACUUUUAGACACUUCCAUCAGCAUGAUACUUUGUGCGGAACACCCACUUUAGCCCGAUUACAUUUUUGUCUGCUGGAAGAUCAACUAGCUGCCAUGUGUUGUUCUUCUCAAUGGAGUUUAUUUCUUGUGUCAUUGCAUUCUGCCACAUCUGUUCUUUUGCAGCGUCAGAAUACAAAACAGGAUCAGAAAUAGAGAGCGCGAAAUCACAGGUUUCAUAAAUUUCCUUCAAUGAUCGGAACUUCUUUGGAGGUGUUUCAUUGGAAGAAGAUGAACUUGUUGUGGAUGGUGUGAUGUCUGCUGGAGUAGUACUCUGAGAGGAUGGUGGUGAGGAGGGUGGUGUUGUCAUUCUUUGCAUCGACAACAUCUGGAACCUCUGAGUUUCCCGUUAACGGAACAGCUUCGUUAAACGUAAGCCUAAUUCGGUCCGUCAUACUUCUAGUUCUGGGCACACCACUUGUAAUAUUUGGAGCUUGUUGUGUGUGGUGGCAAUGUAAAACUAAAAAACGAAGAAAGGAGGUAAAACUUCGAGCAAAAUACUUCAAGGAACAACUAGAAGUACAAGGGUUUUCUAAUGAAGAUGUCGCUCAUAACACUAAAUUGUUCACGCUAAGUGAACUGAAGAGAUCCACUGACAACUUUAACAACGAUCUUGUACUUGGAAAAGGAGGUCAAGGUACUGUUUACAAAGGUAUGCUUAAGCAUGGACAAGUUGUAGCAGUAAAAAAAUCAAGAGCCCUUGACGAAAGCCAAUGGAGCCAGUUCAUCAAUGAGGUACUUCUUUUAUCACAAAUCAAACAUAGACAUGUGGUGAAGACUCUUGGAUGUUGCGUGGAGGAUGACAAUCCUCUAGUAGUUUACGAGUUCGUUUGCAAUGGAACUCUUUCUGAACAUAUCAAAAAUUCCCUUGACGAGCUCCUAUUCACAUGGGAAAUGCGUUUGAGAAUCGCUUUUGAAGCUGCUAUGGCAAUUGCUUAUUUGCAUUCAGAAUUUUCAACACCAAUCUACCAUAGGGACAUUAAAACUAGCAACAUACUUCUAGACGAUAAGUUCAGAGCUAAACUAUCGGAUUUUGGAAUUUCUAGAGAAGUCUCUAUCGAGCAAACUCAUUUGACAACUGAUGUUCAAGGAACAUUUGGUUAUUUGGAUCCUGAAUAUUUCUAUUUAGGCCAAUAUUCGGAGAAGAGUGAUGUUUAUAGCUUUGGUGUAGUAUUGGUUGAGCUUUUAACCGGACAAAAACCAAUUCGUACACUAAUAACAGUUGAUGAAGAGACAGAAAUUAUUGAAGAUGAAAAAGACAGAACUUUGGUAACGUAUUUCAUUUCAUCAAUGAAUGAUUCCACUUUGUUAAACAUCGUUGAUCCUAUCAUUUUAGAAGGUGGUAGAGAAGAGGAAAUUAUGGAAUUUGCAAAUCUUGCCAAACAAUGCUUGCACCCUACUGGACUAGAAAGGCCAACGAUGAAGGAAGUUACAACCGUACUACAGGGCCUAAGGUGUCAAAGUUCGUCUUGUGUGACUCUUACACCAAAUGAUCAGGUCGAUGAUUGGGAGACAGAAAGUUCUGUGAUGACGGAAGCGGAAUCAAGCAAUGCUUAUCUAAGAUCAGUCACUUGUGAUGUCGAUAGUAAUUUUUAUAGAGCUGAAGUCGAGAUGCGGUUGCUUCAUACAUCAUGAUGAAGAAGGCAUUUCAGGGUGUGAGAUGUUGGUUCUAAAAACAUCAUGUCAUAUCUAAUUUUAUGGGAUUACGUCUUUGUAUGGUAUGAUACAGCAUGUAUAAUCAUGGAUUUGGCAAUUUUGUUUUUGUUGGGAUUUUAGGAUUUAUGGUAAUCACACUCCAUCAUUAGUGAGCCAAAACAUUAGAAUGGAAGUGUAAAAACUUAUUUCAUAUGUGGAUAAUGCCUUUGUUUGGUGAAUCAAAGGUUUGUAGACUAUAUAAGAAUGUAGCCAAAGUGUCCCUUGAGAGGAAAAAAAAAAUAAACAAUGCAGCCAAAGUGUGGCAAUGUUUAUAUCGGAUAAAUUUCUUUCUUUA